AUGCGUGAAUGUAUCUCAGUCCACGUCGGCCAAGCCGGAGUCCAGAUCGGUAACGCCUGCUGGGAAUUGUACUGCCUGGAGCAUGGAAUCCAGCCUGAUGGCCAGAUGCCAACAGACAAGACCAUUGGUGGUGGAGAUGACUCUUUCAACACUUUCUUCAGUGAGACCGGAGCUGGCAAGCACGUCCCCAGGGCUGUGUUUGUUGACUUGGAACCUACAGUAGUUGAUGAGGUUCGUACUGGCACAUACAGACAGUUGUUUCAUCCAGAACAACUUAUCACUGGUAAGGAAGAUGCCGCCAACAACUAUGCGCGUGGUCACUACACAAUCGGCAAGGAAAUCGUAGACUUAGUACUAGACAGAAUCCGCAAGCUCGCUGACCAGUGCACUGGUCUUCAAGGUUUCCUCAUCUUCCACUCAUUCGGUGGAGGUACUGGCUCAGGUUUCACCUCCCUCCUUAUGGAACGUCUCUCAGUGGACUACGGAAAGAAGUCCAAGCUCGAGUUCGCCAUCUACCCAGCUCCCCAAGUCUCAACCGCUGUUGUUGAACCAUACAACUCUAUCCUCACCACCCACACAACCCUUGAGCACUCCGACUGUGCUUUCAUGGUCGACAACGAAGCCAUCUACGACAUCUGCAGACGUAACCUGGACAUUGAACGCCCAACGUACACCAACUUGAACAGACUGAUCGGUCAAAUUGUAUCUUCGAUCACCGCCUCCCUGCGUUUCGACGGCGCACUCAACGUCGAUCUAACCGAGUUCCAGACCAACUUGGUGCCAUACCCACGUAUCCACUUCCCCUUGGUAACUUACGCCCCAGUCAUCUCUGCCGAGAAGGCUUACCACGAGCAGCUGUCCGUAGCUGAAAUCACCAACGCUUGCUUCGAGCCAGCCAACCAGAUGGUCAAAUGUGACCCGCGUCACGGUAAAUACAUGGCCUGUUGUAUGUUGUACCGUGGUGAUGUCGUGCCCAAGGACGUGAACGCCGCUAUCGCCACCAUCAAGACCAAGCGUACCAUUCAGUUCGUCGACUGGUGUCCAACUGGUUUCAAGGUUGGUAUCAACUACCAGCCACCAACUGUUGUCCCUGGCGGUGACUUGGCCAAGGUACAGCGUGCCGUAUGCAUGUUGUCCAACACCACAGCCAUCGCUGAGGCUUGGGCUCGCCUUGACCACAAGUUCGACCUUAUGUACGCCAAGCGUGCUUUCGUCCACUGGUACGUCGGAGAGGGUAUGGAGGAAGGAGAAUUCUCAGAAGCCCGUGAGGACUUGGCCGCCCUCGAGAAGGACUACGAAGAGGUCGGCAUGGACUCCGCUGAGGGUGAAGGCGAGGGUGCUGAAGAAUACUAA